GGUGACGGCAGUAGCGGCAGCAGUAGCAGCAGUGCGAGUUGCUCCGCGUUUGCCGUGAAAAUUUAGCAAGUGUUCCGCGUGACAGUACUGUGUGUGAGUUACGUUAAAAGAUUGAACAAUGCCGAAGAAUUGGAGCCGCGUGAUUUGCUCGAGAUUGAAUCAUUCAUCGAAGUGUCAGUGAAUCGUUUCGUCGGCUGUUAUCUUUUUCCUUGUUGCGCGAAACUUCUCUUUCUGUCGGCCAACAGGGAUAAUAGGCCGGGCCUAUCAGUACAGUAGGAAAAUGGCGGCUUGCCUUGCGCGGCGUAGACAACGAAGGGCAACGGUGUUCUUCGCGUAACGUGUACGAACGAGAAAAAAGAGUAACCUUUCCUGUUCGUUCAUUCCGAGUGUAUACAGUGCGAACGGAGAUCAUUGGCACGGUGCGAAGUAAAAGAAAAAGAAAGAUACCUCGUUUAGUGCAAAUAUCACGAGAUGAGAGCGGGACGUGUAGCGCGACUGAAAAACAACAGAAGAAUCGAGUAACGAAGAACCACUGUGCGUACCGUUCGUACACGCGUGUGUGCUCGUAUGAAAGCGAGUAGCGAUCAACGGUGACAAGUGUUUCGUCGACGGGGAACUUCGUCUUAGACCCCACGUCGACAAGAAAAUGAUAUUCCGGGCCUCGAGAUACCGUCGUGGCUACGUCGAUCGGGAUCCUCGUGCCGCCGUUUGCUGUCGUCGCCAUUGAGCUACGGCCGCUUUCGCGAAAAGUAUUUUUUUCGCGAGAGGAGAGAGAGGCCGUGCACGACGACAACAACAACAACAACAACAACAACAACAACAACGAAAAACUGAGGGAAGAUGAGAGGCGCGUGCGACGGCGGCAUAGCGAGCUUUCUCGCUUUGGCGCUCCUCUGUUUAUUCCACACGUCAUGCCUUGUGGACGGACUGUUGAAGUGUUUUUGCGAUAUCUGCAAAGAUAACAAUCAGACGUGCGAAACCGAUGGCUAUUGUUUCGCCAGCACCAGCUUGGAGAACGAUACUCCCAUGUAUGCUCGGAGGUGUUACGAUAAGGUGCACUUCUUCCCGGCGCCCGAGUACUCGAUCUGGUGCAGCAUGAAUAGUACUCUACGCGGUCCAGGCGACGUGGAAUACGUGGUCGCCUGUUGCGAUCACUCCGACUUCUGCAAUCGCGACCUAAGGCCCUCUUUUCCCUCUCGCGAGUUCAGAGGUGGGCCAUAUUCUCGAAUCACCGAGUACCUCGGACGAGUGCCAUCGAUUGGUGAUGACGCGACAUGGGUCACUUGGAAAAUGGCCUUGACGAUUGCGAUGCCGAUAUGCGCGAUCUGCGUGGUUGUCAUGGUCAUCUAUCAUGUGUACAUAACCAAACCACCAACCCCACCUGAUCCUGACGAUUCGGAUCGACCCAUUCUGGAUGGUGUUACCAUUAGAGACAUGCUGGAGAAGACAACCAGUGGUAGCGGCUCGGUAGGCCUGCCGCUUCUGGUACAGCGGAGUAUUGCCCGCCAGAUUCAGUUGGUGGAGACGAUCGGAAAGGGUCGCUUCGGCGAGGUCUGGCGUGGUCGUUGGAGGGGUGAGAACGUUGCUGUCAAGAUCUUCAGCUCCCGAGAGGAGAGGUCUUGGUUCAGGGAGGUUGAAAUUUAUCAGACGGUGAUGCUGAGGCACGACAAUAUCCUCGGGUUUAUCGCGGCUGAUAACAAAGAUAAUGGUACAUGGACCCAGUUAUGGCUGAUCACAGAUUAUCACGAGAAAGGUUCUCUGUUCGAUUACUUGAACGUAUCGACGGUGGACACGAAUGGAAUGAUCAGAAUGGCCUUGUCGAUCACCACGGGGUUGGCCCAUCUUCACAUGGAGAUCGUUGGCACGCAAGGAAAACCAGCCAUAGCUCACAGGGAUUUGAAGUCGAAAAAUAUCCUGGUGAAGACGAAUGGUACAUGCGCCAUAGGUGAUCUCGGAUUGGCCGUCAGACACGACGUAAGAACAAACACCGUCGACAUUCAGUUGAAUAAUAAUCGGGUCGGUACCAAACGAUACAUGGCACCUGAGGUUCUCGAAGAGACGGUAAACAUGAACCAUUUUGAAUCGUUCAAGAGGGCUGACGUGUACGCUCUCGGGCUGAUCCUCUGGGAGAUCGCCAGGCGAUGCAACGUCGGUGGGAUCCACGACGAAUAUCAGUUACCGUUUUACGACUUGGUGCCUUCCGAUCCGACGAUCGAAGAGAUGCGUAAAGUUGUGUGCACCGAUAGACAAAGGCCCUCGAUACCGAAUCGGUGGCAGUCGAUCGAGGCACUGCAAGUGAUGUCGAAGGUGAUGAAAGAGUGUUGGUACCACAAUGCGGCAGCUAGAUUAACCGCGCUUAGGAUUAAAAAAUCAUUGGCCAAUUAUGGUGCGAUGGAGGACCUAAAGUGAAACGAGG